GUGUGUGUGCGCCAUUGUGUGUUUUUGGCGCGCUGCAGCUCACACUCACACUCAGACUCACUUGAAUCGCUCAAAUCUGCGAAGAGGUUCGCUGCCCUAAACAGCAAGCAUCGAAGAAGACCUCUGGGGAGGCAGUCUGCCUGACUUGAACUUAAACAUCUGUACUUGAGCGUGGUCUCCGUUCCCUAAGAUAGAGGGAGAAUUUUUCCCUCAUUUAGCCAGAGAGAAUCCCUCUCUUACUAGUGGGUGAAAAAAAGGGUUCGAAGCAGCCAUGGGAAAGAAGAACCAGAACCGUGAAGAGGAGGAGUCUGCGUCCUCGGAUGAAGAGGAAUAUGUGGUAGAGAAAGUCUUGGACAGGAGGGUUGUGAAAGGCCGUGUGGAAUAUUUUCUUAAGUGGAAGGGUUUUUCAGAUAAACACAACACUUGGGAGCCAGAGAAGAACCUGGACUGCCCGGAUCUCAUCGCAGAUUUCAUGAAGACGUAUAAAAAGGGCAGCAGUGCUACCAGCACUCCCAGCAGCGGGGCCAAAACGUCCAGCACAGGCCCGUCUGGGGCCCGCUCCAAAGACAGCAGCAGUAAGAGGAGAAACUCGGACGAAGAAGAGGAGGGUGGCAGCAAGCCAAAGCGGAAAAAAGAGGAAGAGAUCCUUGUUGCAAGAGGCUUUGAAAGAGGCCUGGAGCCAGAGAAGAUCAUUGGUGCGACAGACUCUUGUGGGGACCUCAUGUUUUUAAUGAAGUGGAAGGACUCUGACGAGGCGGAUCUUGUGCUAGCGAAGGAGGCCAAUCACAAGUGCCCACAGAUCGUCAUUGCCUUCUACGAGGAGCGUCUCACUUGGCACGAAGAUGGAGAGAAGAAAGAGAAGGGUGCUGCAGCGGUGUAAGAGGGCCAGAGGGGGGCGUGAGGGUAUCCCACCCAGACCUCCCAACACCCCCUCUCCUCCCCCCUGGAGACAGACACGAGUGCACUCACAAUCCGCCCUUUGUUAUGGACCAUUUUAAAAACACCACCAGCCUCCUAGCAAUGGGAGGUCGCUACCCACUUUGUUACGGUCUCCUUUCAUCCCUCAUGUAAAAAAGCAACUCUUACCAACUCUCACCAUCAAGAAUUGAGGGACUGGCAAGUGAUUGAGGACUGUGGCAAGAGCCUUUUGGGGACUGGAUAUGUUAGACUGGUGGAAUCAUGCGUUUCUCUCUUAAUUCUUGCAGAGCGUCACCCUGUUUUUCCAUGUUUUAAGUAUUUGUGCCCCCCCUAUGGUUCAUGUUCUUACGAUGUGUGACAGUGUGAUAGCAUAGAUAUUGAAUACAACAAAGCAAAUGGCAACAUUUCUACACAGAUGCCAUUUUCGUUGUCCUUAUCGAUACAGCAAGUUUUCGGAUCGAGAUGGUCGUUCUCCAUCUGCAGUGCUGGAUUAGUUAGAGGACCGGUUUUCUUCCUUUUUUUAUUUUGGUGAGCACGCCAAAUGACGGUUGCCCUUUUGUAUGCAUUCCUCUUGCAGAAUCGCUCUCCAUCUUGAGGAAUGUUUGGAAUAUGUAGGACCCUGGGGAAGCUUUUUAAACUUUAAAUUUCUCCUUAAGGCCCUUCACACAUGUCGUAUUUUAGCCAUAUCUGUAUUUUUUUUUGGGCUUUUUAAAACAUGAAUGUCAAUUCUUUCCAACCUCUUGGUGUUUUAAAAUGUCAGCUCUUAUUUAAUUUCAUAAGCAUUUCAACAUGUUUGGCUUGCGAAAUCUGAUCGUAUUUGAACUUCAUAUGUCUGAUUGCCUGUCUUCAUAGUUAUUAAUGGGCCUGCUUGUGCCUAGACCAACUUAGGAGAUCAGACGAGUAUAAUUUCGUGUUUAUGCAGGGACGUUCCUUUUGUCAUUCAGGAGUUAUUGUCCAUCAUGGUCAGACCCAGAUGCUCCACCUUGUGGUCAACUUGCUGAUAAUGUCGAGCAUUUAACUUCAUGAUGAUGUAGACUGUGACCAUAUCACUGUUUACCCUUUCUCUGGCCAUAUUUAAAAGGGUUUAGCAGAUUUGUCAGAUUCUCAUUUUAGUUCUGUUUUAAAUAGUCCAAUUAAAUGGUCUUUUAACGGGGUUAUGAACUCAGGUGUGCAAUUCUGUGUUUGUAGAGCCACUGGACAAAUGAUACCCAAUUAAAAAAAAAGGAAAAAAAAAGAAAGGAAAAACCCUGAUUUUCGUUGACACGACAGAGCUACUGAUUCUGAUUCAAUUAAAAUGUAGUCAGAUGAUGUUUGUAUUAGAUUAAUUACCACCCACUCUGUGCUGGCUUCUUGGAACAUUUUCUUAGCUGUUCUUGUGUUCUCUGUCUCCACAGUGGUGGUACCUUUUAGAAGGGGGUCUGCCCUUUUAAACUUGCUAAAAGGCUACUUUUAGACAGUGGAGUGAAACGGACUCGCACGGUUUUGUGACCAUUUUACGCACCACUGAUUGUAAUGACUGAGUCUGUAUAUGCAUAGUUAAAAUCAGAAAGAGAGAAGAAUUUCAAGGCAAAGAUCAGAUAUUCUUCGGCUUUCUGUCUAAACGACACUGUAACAGGGUUGUGCAUAUAUCUCUCUUGCAACUGUAUUGCUCCACUCUUCAUUUUGUCCUUUGUUUUAUAUUUCUUCGUGUUCUGUUACUUUCAUCAUGUUACGAAAGUACCCGUCCCAUGGCUGAUCAUUUUAUAAAAAGAUGUCCAUUCAAUCAAGUGUUUUCAAAAACAUGCUUUUGAUGUCUUUUACCAGUUGAUUCAUUUUUUAAAAAAAAUGUCUUGUAUCAAAUUGUAGUAAACCUAGUUUUCAACACA